AUGUCGGCCUCCGUCGAUAAACGCCAAUUCCACCUCGAACCCACUUUAAACGGGGUGGUUCGUUCGUUCAAAACAGUUCCAACCCACCGACCCAACUCUCCGGUUCCUACCUUGAACUUCUCGAAUCAAGACUUCACUCGGUCCAAUCAGAAACCAGUUCCAACAUUGGAGGAAGAAGGUUCUUCAAGCGAUGAUGAAGCUGAUUAUAAGGAUCUGAUCCGCAAAAGCAACAGUGAAUUAGAGCCGUCGAUUUAUGACCCCCGAGAUGAAGGAACGGCUGACAGCUGGAUCGAACGCAACCCUUCCAUGGUCCGUCUUACAGGGAAACAUCCUUUUAAUUCCGAACCGCCAUUGGCUCGUCUCAUGCACCACGGGUUCAUUACACCGGUCCCCCUUCACUAUGUUCGUAACCAUGGUCCUGUCCCAAAGGCCACAUGGCAAGACUGGACUGUCGAGGUUUGUGGUUUGGUUAAAAGGCCGGGCCGUUUCACCAUGGAGCAGCUAGUCAACGAAUUCCCAGCCCGUGAACUCCCUGUCACUCUAGUUUGCGCUGGUAACAGACGCAAAGAGCAAAACAUGGUGAAACAGACAAUUGGCUUCAACUGGGGUGCUGCCGGGGUGUCUACUUCCGUGUGGCGUGGUGUUCCAUUGCAUUUGCUGCUCAAGAAGUGUGGGAUCUAUAGCCGUAAAAAUGGGGCUCUCAGUGUUUGUUUCGAAGGUGCCGAGGAUCUGCCAGGUGGAGGUGGGUCCAAGUAUGGUACCAGUAUCAAGAAAGAGUUUGCCAUGGAUCCAUCUCGAGAUAUUAUUUUAGCCUAUAUGCAAAACGGUGAGCCUUUGGCGCCGGACCAUGGAUUUCCAGUGAGGAUGAUUAUACCAGGUUUUAUUGGUGGGCGAAUGGUAAAAUGGUUGAAGAGAAUAAUUGUUACUACUAAAGAGUCAGAUAAUUACUAUCACUACAAGGACAAUAGAGUACUGCCCUCUCAUGUUGAUGCAGAGCUAGCGAAUGCCGAAGCCUGGUGGUACAAGCCGGAUUACAUCAUCAAUGAGCUGAAUAUAAAUUCGGCGAUAACGACGCCGAGUCAUGAAGAGAUAUUGCCUAUUAACUCAUACACAACUCAGAGGCCGUACACCUUGAAUGGUUACGCAUAUUCCGGUGGUGGGAAAAAAGUGACGCGAGUAGAGGUGACUGUGGACGGUGGAGAAACGUGGCUAGUCUGCAACUUGAACCACCCAGAGAAGCCCAACAAGUUUGGCAAAUACUGGUGUUGGUGCUUCUGGUCCCUGGAGGUGGAGGUGCUAGAGCUACUUGGAGCCAAAGAGAUUGCGGUCCGGGCCUGGGAUGAAACCCAUAACACCCAGCCUGAGAAGCUAAAUUGGAAUGUGAUGGGAAUGAUGAACAAUUGCUGGUUCCGGGUGAAAACACAUGUCUGCAAACGUCACAAGGGUGAGAUUGGAAUUGUGUUCGAGCACCCCACGGUGCCAGGCAAACAGUCUGGUGGGUGGAUGGCCAAGGAAAGGCAUCAAGAGAAAUCCUUAGAGAAUAUCCAAACUCUGAAGAAAAGUGUUUCAACACCUUUCAUGAACACUUCUUCAAAAACUUUUUCAAUGGCUGAAGUCAAGAAACAUAAUUCAGGUGAGUCAGCAUGGAUAAUUGUUCACGGUCACGUGUAUGAUUGCACUGGCUUUCUUAAAGCCCACCCCGGUGGCACCGAUAGCAUUUUAAUCAACGCCGGUACUGAUUGCACUGAAGAAUUUGAUGCUAUACACUCUGAUAAAGCUAAAAAAAUGCUCGAGGAUUAUCGGAUUGGAGAGUUGGUCGAUUCAACAGCUUACACAUCUGACUCGAACGCAUCCUCGCCUAAUAACUCGGUGCAUGGUGCAUCCAAUAUAGCACAGAUACAUUUGGCUCCUAUUAAAGAAAUCGCUCCAGUAAAAAACGUUGCUCUUGUCCCCCGUGAAAAAAUUCCAUGCAAGCUUGUGAAGAAGGAAAUUCUUUCUCAUGAUGUGCGUCUUUUUCGAUUUGCAUUGCCGUCAGAGGAUCAAAUGUUGGGAUUGCCAGUGGGGAAGCAUAUAUUUUUAUGUGCUACCAUUGAUGGUAAGUUGUGCAUGCGAGCUUAUACGCCAACUAGCACUUUUGACGUGAUAGGAUACUUUGAUCUCGUAAUUAAAAUUUAUUUUAAGGACGUGCAUCCAAAAUUUCCCAACGGAGGACAGAUGUCACAAUACCUUGAUUCACUAUCACUGGGAUCUGUGAUAGACGUGAAGGGUCCAUUGGGUCACAUUGAAUAUGUUGGUCGUGGCAACUUUUCGGUUCAUGGCAAACCCAAGUUUGCCAAGAAAUUGACUAUGUUAGCUGGUGGGACCGGCAUCACACCAAUUUAUCAAGUGAUUCAAGCCAUUUUGAAAGACCCGGAGGACGAUACUGAGAUGUAUGUGGUGUAUGCGAACCGCACUGAGGACGAUAUUUUGUUAAGGGAUGAGCUUGAUUCUUGGGCUAGGGAAUAUGAGAGAUUAAAGGUUUGGUAUGUUGUUCAAGAGUCUGUAAAGGAAGAAUGGGAAUACAGCGUUGGGUUCGUUACAGAGAGUAUCCUGCGAGAGCAUGUGCCAGAAGGAUCAGAUGAUACUCUAGCUUUAGCUUGUGGUCCACCACCCAUGAUUCAAUUUGCCGUGCAACCAAAUUUGGAGAAGAUGAAUUAUGAUAUCAAGGAUUCCUUGCUAGUUUUUUAG